AUGAUUGUCUACGUCCUUCUGGCUAUCAUCGCCGCCAUCGUCUAUUUCUACUUGUUCCAAAAUGGUGCUCCUAAUGAAGUCAGGAGCUCUCCAAGGAGCACCAGAAGUACAAAAUCUCAACCGAGAACGUCUUUAAAGAAGGCACCUCAAGCCGUUAUCACUCAGCAACCUCCUGCUCCAGAGGUACAACCACCUGCCGAACCUUCUGCUCCUGUCCCGGUACCAGCACCUAAAAUCCAACAACCGGCUCCAGCUCCAGCCCCAGUCCCUGUUCCUAAACAACUUGCUCCUGCUCCUGUCCCGAUUCCAGUCCCAGAACAAGCUCCAGUUCCUGCCCCAUCUCCGGCUCCAGAGCCCGUUCCACAACCCAUUGAACAACCGGCUCCCGUCGAUCCAUUGAGUUCUCCAAUCCGCCCUCCAAUCGGUGGAAACUCUGUGAUGCUGGCUCCCAAGGACAAUUUCUCUGUUGGAAUUGGUGGAAAAUCUGAACGAUUGGCUCCAGACGUCGGACCAUCCCAAGAUUCUGCUCCUGUAGCUCUAGUCCCACCUGCUCCCGAACAAUCUGCUCCUGUUCCAACCCCUUCUGCUGCUCCAGUCGAUUCGCUUAUGCUGGCUCCAAAAACCAAUGAAGCUGCUCAAGCUCCACAACAAGGUGGACCAUCUUCUGCCUACUUGCCCGUUGCUUCUGCUGAUGAUAAAUCGAAGAAGUCAAAAAAGACAAAAAAGAAGAAUAAGAAGUCCAAGGAUAAGAAAAAAUCCGCCAACACUUCAACAAAGAAGAACAAGAAGAAGAAGAAGAAGAGCAAAGGAAAGAGCACAUCGUCUGCUCCUCAAUCCCCUGCUCAACCAGAAACUGGUGUACAAACUGCAAAUGAAAUGAAGAACGAUGCUCCAGAAUCGAACGUCAACACUGCCAUGUCGAUUCGUUCUCCUGCUCAGGAUGCUCCAGAAUCUGACGUCAAGACUGCUGCUGAAGCAAAGAAUGAUGACCCAGAAACUGGUGUGAAGACCGCAGCUGAGGAUAAAAAUGACGUUCCGGAAACUGGAGUUAAAACUGCUUCUGAAGCGCAGAAUGACGCUCCAGAAUCAGGAGUCAAGACAGCUACUGAGGAAAAGAAUGACAUUCCAGAAUCUGGGGUAAAGACUGCUGCUGAAGACAAAAACGACGCUCCAGAAUCUGGGGUCAAGACGGCUACUGAAGCAAGGAACGAUGCUCCAGAAUCUAGUGUUAAAACCGCUACUGAGAUUCCCGGGGAGGCGAAGAGCGAGUCGGAUUCAACUGAAGCCAGCGUUUCGACUGCUGCAAGCACUGUCUCCAAGCAAAGCCAAAAGAACAGAAAGAAGAAGAAGCGCAGCAAGUCGAAGAACAAGAAGUCUGGAGAGAAGGAGCAACCGUCCGCAUGA